AUGUAUGUUCCUGGGAAGCUUUCCGACGGGAGCCAUGUAUUGUUAGAUGUAGGGACAGGCUACUAUGUAGAAAAGACAGUGGAUGAGGCUAAAGACUUCUUCAGGAGGAAGAUUGACUUCCUGACAAAGCAAAUAGAGAAAAUCCAGCCAGCAUUUCAGGAGAAGCAUGGAAUGAAACAAGCUGUAAUAGAAACAAUGAACCAAAAGAUUCAGCAACUGGCAGCAGCAGGUGCAUCACAAAUGAUGCCAACAAAGGCCUAGCAAAGAAGACUCCCUCGCACACCUAUUAUUUUAUGGUCAAAACAUCUGGAGGAAAGCAGCAUUCCUGCUGCAUGCAGCUGUAAGGGGAGGGUGGGAGGGUAAGGGGAUGAUAAGUUUCUGUUUUGUUAAAGUGAAUAUGGGAGUGCUUCUGUUUUUGGGAGUGAUAACAUCUUGAGGACCACAUCUGCUCAACUUGUUGACUUUUCAGAUGUUAUGUUACGUUAUGCUAGUUAUGGCACCUGGAAGCCAUCUUCAUAAGAUGCCCAGUGAAAUGCAAUGCUUGCAAAUGGAAUUGUACAAAAUAAAUAGAACAAAGCAAGCAAUAAUUGCAUGUUGACUAAUGCAUUGCUGCUCAGAAAGCUCUAUGGCCCACCUGAUUUUGUUUUGUUAAGGUUCUUUUGAUUUAAAAAAACGGGGUGUAAUCAAUUUGAAUUACAACUUUAGUUGGAAGAAUACUUCUGGAUUUGGUUUGUCCUGAAGGUACUGUUGGAAAAUAAAUGUUAAGAGACACCUGCAAGAUCACUGCAUUGUUUAGAAGCAUUCCACCUGUCAAGAAAAAAGGAGAAAGUAUGCUUCCAUGAUAGAGGAUGAGAGAGAGGAAUUAGGCAGUGUUUAUCAAUCUGUGGUCUGGCGACCCUUGGGGUAUGUGUAAUGUCAUCACAGGGAGGUCCACAAAGCUUUGAAGAAAUAUUAUGAUUUAAAUCUUAA